GCAAUUCCAGGUGCUCUGGGGAACCGGAGGGCUCAGGGGCAGUGCUUUGGGAACCUGGCCUAUGCCUGCAGCCAGCUCGGGAACCACGGGGCUGCCGCGGAGAGCUACCUGCACGCCCUGCAAGCCUUCCGGGACUCGGGUGAGGGGAGGCACAGGCAGCCCCUUGGGGCGAGUCUGCAGCAUCCGGGAGCCGAGUGCUCUGAAGCUGGGUGAUGCUGCCUGCCGGGGAUCUUGGCUGAGCGGUGCUGGGACCGAUGCAGCCCUUUGCCUCCCAGGGGACUUGCAGGGGCAGUGGCAAGCGUGCGAGGGGCUGGGCACAGCAUGCCUCCACUUGGGAGAUCCCCAGAAAGCCAUCGGGCACUAUCAAGAGGCCCUGAUUUUGCUUUCCCACUGUCGGGACAGCCCCAGAGCUGACCACAAACGGGUCGUGCACAAGCUCACGGAUGCCAUCCAGCACCGACUCCGCUUCAGCCACCUCUCAUACCAGGGGGGCUGGGCACCCACCCCGGCGCUGGAGCCCAGCCAGCUGAGGUCUUGUUCCACACUGCCCCAUGCCAGUAGGACACAACUCCAGGGCAGGAAGGUGGGGAAAGCCCAGGCUGAGGACAAGCUGUAUAUGUACACGCCAGGAGCACAUCCCAGGUAUUCUGGCACAAGAGUGGCUCUGACUGGUGAUCUUGCACUGGAGCCCUGUAACCCACAUGGCCUCCUGGGCACCUCUGGGGAGGAUGACGAUGGUCCCAGCUCAGCUCCAGGGUAUCACAGGGAGCCCCAGGCUAACAGUAAGAGGACCACCAGCCCCCUGAAGGCAGCCAAGCUGCCCCACGCUGGCCUCCAGCUACAGAAGUACCACAUCCAACCAGAAAUGCGGCUCUCUAGUGAGCCGAGGCCUCAGGGCGUCACAACACAUUCUACAGGGCAUCAAAACUGCCAAGUCCUCCAUCCAAGGCCUCCAAAGAGGUAUGUGAUGCCUUGGGGGAGUGGGCAAGGGAGUGGACCAGAGGUUUGGGCUCCAGAGUAUCCUCUGAGGAGUGGGUUCCUCAGAGGUGAGGUGGAGACCUCAGCAGGGCUUGGGACACCUGUUUCUUGGAAUGGACACAACCCCAAGCCAAAAGUCACAAAGGCUGGGCUUUUGGCACCUUGUAGCCAACACCAAAACCAUUCCCUAUGGAUGGGGCAGCAGAUCUAAGGGUAGUUUUCAGGACCCUGGUAUGAACUUCCUGCCCACUCCUGCGUUCCAGUGCUUAAAGGGGCUCCAACAGAGCUAGAGAGGGACUUCGGACAAGGGCCUGGAGUGACAGGACAUGGGACAAUGGCUUCUCACUGCCAUGGGGCAGGGUUAGAUGGGACACUGGG